AUGUUUGAAGAAAUUAAAGUGAGCGAGAUUCUUUAAUCGGAUAUUAUUGAGCAUUCAAAAAUUACACUUUCAGGAAGUGCUUCAAAUGAUAUCUAUUAAUGCACAGAUUCAUCUAUUUCCUUAGAAAUUGAUUAAACUGCUUAUAUCUUGUAUUGCAUAAUUUUAUUCCCUUUAGAAAAUUAGCUAAUAGUUAGACAGUGUCUAUUAACAUAUAUCAUAUGAAAGAGAUAUACACGAAACCAAUUUCAUAUACUUGUGAGUAUGUAAACUUUACAUGUCCAAUUACAUAAAAUGGAUGCACAUUAAUAAAUGAUAAUAAUACACCUUACUUAUUAGUAGUUACACAAGUUGGACACAUCUACUAUAGAAACUUAAAAACUAAUACUUCAAUGUUAUUAAAGAAUUUGAUGAUUGAAAAUAUAAAAAUAUAAUGCUUCGUAAAAUCAUUGAUUCAAAAAGAAAAGUUUGAGUUUUAUUUAAUGACUAACACAGAUCUUUUAUAUCAUGUAACUUUAGAUGUUGUUGGAGGGGAAUUUUAAAAAAAUAAGUAUCAAAUAAGUUUUGGUACUAAAAUUUUUAGUAAACUUUUAAACAGCUUUUCUUAAGAUUAGAAGAUUGCCUUUCAAUUAAAUGAUAAGUAGAUUUUAAAUUUUUCAUAAAAUUAUCAAUUUAGUUUAUUAGAAAUGCAAAAAACAGAGUUUCAAACAAUUUAAUUAUAAUGUUAGGAUAGGAUCAAAAGUAAUCAAAUUGAUAUAUUUUAAUAAAAACCAAGUGGAAAAUUAUUUGUAUGCUAUUAAUUAAAUGAUAAUCUAAAAAUAUGUACUAUAAAUUAAAAUUAAUUAAUUAUUAAUUAUGUUGUAAAUUNA